AAAAUCCUAUACUCCUUUCAUCUUUCAAUAGCCAUCUUUUUCAUUGUUCUUUUUAUUUCCUUAAAACCAAAUCUCUAAUGGAGACCAAUAAAACUAUGAGGGAGACAACAAUCAACCUGCCGGAGACGAAGGCCGAGGCUAAAGAAAAAGCCCCAUUAUUAAACUCUUCGAAAGCUAUCGCCAUCCUCGAACCACCGAAUCAAGGAACAAAAAAAGGAAUCGCCAUCGGCGACUUCGUUUUGAGACUGUGCACCAUCGGAGCCACCCUCGGUGCCACCGUAACAAUGGGGAAUGCUGGUGCUGUUGCUCCUUUUACCACUCGGUUCUUACGGUUUGAAGCUCAGUUCAAUGAUAUUCCAACUUUCGUGUUUUUCAUGGUGGCAAAUGGCAUAGUUACUGGCUAUCUUUUCCUUUCAUUGCCAUUCUCUACAAUUUGCAUCGUUCGUCCACUUGCAAAAGCUCCGAGGAUCCUCCUUAUCAUCUUUGAUACUGCAAUGACAGGCUUAACUCUAGCUUCAGCUUCAGCUGUUGCAUCAAUUGUGUAUCUGGCUCAUAAUGGGAACCCAAACACCAAUUGGCUUCCUUUUUGUCAACAAUUUGGUGAUUUUUGUUCAAGUACAAGUGGAGCAAUGGUGGGUUCUCUCCUAGCUGGCACACUCUUCAUGACUAUAAUUAUACUUUCAGCUUUUGCUCUUAAAAGAAAUUGAGAAAUAAAAAAUAAAAAAAAUUCCUUGUUUUAUUUUUGAAGUGUGAAAAAAAGAAAAGAAAAAGGAAAGCAUUUGAAUGAUUUCAUUUGCUUUUGGUAUGUGAUUUUAUGUUCUAAAUUUU